AGCUUGAAGGGGGGAAGGAGAGGCAGAGAGGGGGGGGAGAGUUUCUCCGUCAAAAUGUCGCUGAAAACGCCAACGCGGAUACAGUGAUGUUGCUACUCGCCUAACUCGGAUCACGUCUCCCUUCGAGCCCUCGAGCAUCGCUCUCUUUCUCUCCCGUUCUUGCUCUUCCCCCUAAACUCCCCUUUCCCUCUCCCUCUCUCUCUCUCUCUCUCUAUCUCCCAAUUGGGUUCUCUACGAGAGCGGCUCUACGGUCUUGUAGCGAAGAGAAAGAGAAGAUCGCGGGUGCAUCGAUUACUCGCGCGCACAGGUCACCCGGUUUGUUUCCCCACAUUUGUUUCUCUACGCGCGUCGUCGUUCGCGUCUCGUCUUUGGCGGCGGGAUACCUCUCUCUCCCCUUCCCCCUCCUUCCACCCCUCCGCCCUCCCCUCCGCUACCGUUGCCCGUUUCCUCGGGUUCCCUUACAAGGGCGACGGGUUCCGGGGGAGGCACCUCGAUCGUGAAUCCUCGCGCUUCCCGAUAUCACGCUCCAGGUAUACUGUUGACGGUGGCGGAAGGCUAGCCUCCUUCACUUCCACGAUAGACGCUCGGACAGUAUGUACCUUCUGCAUUCACGGUGAAAUCGGCCUCGUCACACUCGACACCAAACUCGACUCCGACCUUUUGUUCGCGCUGCGCGCCUCGGUCUCUUUCCCUCCUUCCUUUUAUAUCCGCACCUCCCCUCGCGGUUAAUACUCGCAACCGUUAAACGUUCGCCUUCGUACCGAUACCCAGCCUGAAUUAAUAGUCGGCCGCGGCUUAGGUAGUCAGACUUGACAUUCGGCGUCCUCAUUGGAUCGUCAACUCCGAUCUAGCGAUCGGGAAUCCACGCACGGACAUGCACGGAGUCGUCACCCUUACGAGUUCUGGAUAAACUCGUUUAUUGAAAAAUAAAAAAAAUGGUGUCGACACGUCAAUCAAGUAACAUGGGGAGUAGUGGUAACAGUGGAUUAGUUGGUGAAGUAGAAGUAAAUUCGUUAAAAAAGCAACCUUCUGUAACAGCUGGCACAUCCAAUAAUGGGGCCACCAUUGAAUCGCGCAACUUGAAUCUUCUGGAUUUACCUGUCGAAGUCCUUGAGAAAAUCUUUGGCUAUCUAGGUUUCAAUAUGGUAGCCCAUAUGCGUUUGGUUUGCCAUCAAUUGGAUCGCAUUUGUGGAUCAAUGCUGAACUCUACGUUUCAAAAGCUACAAGCUCAAAUGUUAAGCCGUUUUCAGGCUAUCAAAGCGCAAAUGCCCAGACGCGAGUCUGCGCGUCGAAAUCAUCCGUUAGCAUGCGAGUCGGAUAUUAUUGAAACUCUACAUAUGCGACUUACCUUGCUGCAAAUGAGUUUCGGCAAGCACAUUGAACGGAAGCAUUGCUGCUUCUUCCCUGGCGAGAUUUUAGAUGAAGUUUAUCGCAUUCUCCAUUAUAUAAAAGUUACUCCGAAAUUACAAAGACCUUACAAAGUCACAGACGAAUUAUUUGAUCUGAGCACUAUGGCUAUGGAAUAUUUCAAGGAACACAUUGAACCAACAUUACCAGAAAUACCUUACUUCGGUGCCGACUUUCUGGAUCUUGCAGGGACAUUCUCUUCUUCUAGUAGCGUGAGUAAACCAUUUAUGUGCCUGGAUUCCACACCCUUGACCAUUGGAAAUGGAAAAACGGGCAAUGCUGGUGAAGAAGAAGGUUCUUCGUCGCAUUGUUCAGAUGAUCCCGCUCUUUUGGAAUCCAAUGUAUCACCACCACAAUCGAACAUGGUUUUGCGAAAACGAAUUCGCAAGAUUAAACAGGGCAUGAGACGAUACAACAGUCAGUUAACAUUGAUGCGUAGGGAUUUGAAGAGUUGCAAGGCGAAAAUUGCGGAUCAACAGAAACAAAUCGUAGAAUAUGCUACUCGAUUGGAUGAUAAUGACAAGAAGAAUGAGGAGACGUCACGAAAAUUCAGCACACUUCUACAGGAAUUGAACAAGUGUAAAACUGAGUUACAAUAUUGGCGCUCCAAGUCACCAGCAAUACCAGUGUGUGUAGGUUGUGGUCAGUCAAUGCCAGUCCCUACAGAAGAUUUACAAGCUUUAGCCAAUCAGGGAGUGCUACCGGAUGCGUUUGGCGAAGGGCACGAUUUCAUUCCCAUCGCGGAUGCUCAUAGUCCCACCGAAGUGGUACAACAAUCUGUAGUUACGCAAUCUCCGUCGACGCCGACAGUGGACAUGGCACCCCCAAAGGCUCCCGUGCCUUCAAUAUCUUUUAAACGGAAAUCUAUCGUGGAAGAAACGUCGGGCGAUGCCGCGAAAAAAUCACGUCGCACUGCCAAGUCUCGUCAGGCUAAGCGCUCAAAAAUAUAAAUUGAUAACACUGAUCAUGGUACAAAUAUUCAACCAAUCUUUAAUGGAUUUCCGAAGAUAGGGACUUUCUAUAGUUUACGUGCGUUUCUUUAUGUCAGCAAGUCGAUAUGAUCUUAGAAGAGUACAAAAUUCCUCACCGAACGUCCUGCAUCUCGCGCAACGAACAUCGUUUUAAAAAUUUUAGCCGUAUCGAUUGCCGCGAUUGUCAAGAACGCUAGUUGAUUUUUCGAUUAUUUCACAAAUUACCGUCGCCGAUAAAAAUGACUUUGAUGAACAUUCUAAAAAAGCCUAACCGAUCAUUCGCUUUGCUCGUAAAGCAACGUCCAACUUUCUCGAAUUCUUAUUAAAUUCAUUUGUUUUUUAAUUAUCAUUACCGCGGUACACUUGAAGAUGAUAGAAAGUUGAAAUCAUGUGUCAUGUUUGUGUUUGUCAUGCAUUUAACAGCGAUAUCGCACGAAAGAACAUACUAAAUAAUAUUAUGGCGACAUACAUUCGCCUUCCAUUUUGCUCUUCGAUCAAAAAUAUGUGAUUCUCAUGUUAUUUUUAAAUGAUAUGUCCUUACUAGAAUGUUGAUUGGAUAUCGCGUCUUCAAUAUUUUGAUCGAAUAAGACAAUACAGAAAUAGAGAAGGCAUUAAAAUUUCAUAAAGCAACUUAUAUAAAUCGAAUUUUGUGAUGGAAACCAAAUAAUUUUUAGAAAAUUGUAAAUUAAUUCGAGCA